UAAGAACGCAUACGGAAGAGGGAAGUAUUAAAAUCAUAAAUAUUUACAACUUAAAAGUAUAAGUUUUUUAACAAAAAGAAUACUUCUUGAAUUGCGUCCACAGAAAUAGCCACAAUGAACAAGACGGGAAAACAGUGUUUUAAAUGGCUUGAUGUCGACAAUUCUACAACACUUGAAGACUUGAACAACCAGUUCACAGAGCGGCAUAUUGGAGGAAUAGUUUUUACAACAAUUUUAAUGAUAAUUGGUGUAUUCGGCAACUUUGUUGUUCUUUGGAUUUACGUUCAUAGAUUCAAAGUAUCGAAUUAUAGGACGUACACACUAUGGCUGGCCGUAAUGGACAUUGCAAACUCGUGCAUUGGAAUGCCUUUCCUCAUUUACUACAUGAGCCAUUACUUAAUCUUUCCGUCAUAUGGAUUGUGUAAAUUCGGUCGGUUUAUAAAUGUCUUUACAACGAAUUGUUCCGCCUAUAUUUUAAUGGUGAUAGCAUUCGAUAGAUACAGAAAAGUAUGCAGGCCUUUAAAAUGGCAACUUUCCUACAAAAAUACAAAAGUAUGUUGUAUUAUCGCCACCAUUUUAGGACUGUUGACGUCAUGGCCAUGCUUGGUUUUAUACGGGGUUUACACAGUCGAUACGGCGAUUCCUGGGGUCAAAGGAAUUCGAUGCUGGACAGAUGACGCAUACAAAAACACUGUUUACCCAAGUGUUUAUUAUAUCCUACUGUACGUCCUCAAUUUUUUAGUUAUUCCUGUUUUGUUUGGCGUCUACGCACAGAUUUUACGGUUUCUUCAUAGACACGGAAAAACUGGCGUCAACGUCAAAACCAAGAAAACAACGGUCACACUUUUAGCUGUGUCUGCAGCGUUCCUAUUGAGUGCUAUUCCACAUUACAGCAUGGUUGUUACAACUCGCAUUCAGAAGGACUUUAACUGUAAAAUGACAUUUUCAGAAGGAUUUGCCUAUUAUACAUUUGUAUUCUCAAUUUUGUUGAAUAAUGCGGUCAAUCCUUUCAUAUAUGGAUUUUUGGACACGAAAUUCAGGCGGGAAAUGAAAAUCGUGUUUAACAGAUUGCGCAAUAAGAAAGCUGACGAUGAAACUAGAGGUACCAAAUCAAUAGAGUCUGAUUCGGCUGUUACUCAUUAAAAAGAUUCAACGAAUUUGAUUAAUACGAGAUUAUUAAAAUGAAAGCUUGUGUUCUUAGUUGUAUAAAGAAGCUUAAAUGUUAAUUUUCAUGCUUUAGACUAUUCAGAUUUUACACUGGAACAUGCAACAUUUACUUUUAAAACAAUGUGAAAUUCGCUGUUAACAGCAAGCACAAAAAUGAACUACAAAAUUUCAGAUGAUACAUCGACAUUUUUUAUUAAACGCAAUUUUUUUACAUUAUAUAAAUUGUAAAAUAAAAGUGCUGCCGUAAUAACCACUAUCGGAUAUUCAAGGCCAAACGCAAAAAUACUACUACAUAAAACUCAUAUACAAUUAUUUAAACCAUUAAACACGAUUAAAAAAUUAUAACCGAAAUAUUGUGAAUUUAUAGGUUUUAAUUUUUUC